AUGGAUUCCAACAUCGACAAGGAGCGAGAGACUCUCCACGAGGAAAUCACGCGGAUCCGCCAGUUCUACGACGGAAGCACCGAAGAUGACGAUCUGUACGUCAGGUUUUUGGCCGCUCACAACAAGAGACUCGACCUCCUCUUGACCGGAGCACGUCGCCGCAUCCAGGCCCGGUUCCAGGGCAUGAGCAUCGAGCAGGCCAUGCAUUGUGAGAUGUUGCGGUCCGUCGGCACCGCUCUGGGCAUGAUCCACGUCAUGAUCUGGUACGCCCUGGCGGCCAACGACGACGAGCACCAGCUCCGCCGGCUGUACGUCUGGGCCUACCUGAGACGCUACCAGCUUGUGCCCGAGGGCUUGGGUGUUCUCUCGGGAUUCUCGCUGCGUCUGUCCCAUCAGCCUCUGGAGGACAGCCAGCGGCAGUGGGACGAGGCCGUCGAGUAUUACGUGUGGUGCGAGGACGAGGCGCCCAAGCACCGGCCCAAAGAGGAGUUUGAGAUCGAGGGCGAGUGA